AUGCCCACUUUCAAGAAACAGCAUUCUGUGAAGUCCCAAAGAGGGCAAAAAAGAACAGCGCAAGAAACAAGUCUUCUGCCGUCCCAGACUGUCAUUCCAUCACAUCCUAGAACUAUACAGAGGUCGGUCAGCCGUUCUCGAUCAAAAGCCAAAAGAUCGUUCCCAUAUGCCAAACCUGAUCCGUUUUUUGCAACACACGACUGGGAGACCGCACUUCAAGGCACCAUCACACCGCCAUCACCAAUUAGCCGCUACAGCCUAAAUAAUUGGUCUAUUCGACGUCCACGCCAACAAAAUGCUCAGUCAAAUGUCAUGAGCAAAUUGAACCAUGAAGCGUAUAUUGAAAUCUACACAGAUCCGCUAAAUGAUAAACCCGUCCCAAGAUUCCGCUUCACACGACCACGACUUCCGCUAGUGCCAAUAUACACAGACACUGACGAUGGGCUGAGAGCUCUAAGACCAGCAAGACGCCUGACUCAGGCCCAGGAAGAAAUGAGAUGGCGUGCUAGACGGGCUCAAGCGGCGGUGGAUAUCGUAGAACUACCUGGGGAUGAAAAUGACGACAAAGAUUGGAACAAGGAGAAUGAAUAUGCAGGACCACAAAGACUUGUCGGUUGA